UUAAAACUAUUCUUUUUUAUUGAUAAAAAAUUUAAGUGAAGUUAUUAUGAAUUUUAAUAGACUCAUAGCAGUGUUAUUAUGGAGAUGUUAUUUCCAUUCAAAAACGUUUGCAGCGAUUCUACCAAGUUUAAUGUGGGACCCAAGGAAUUAUUUAUUCUCAUGUGAAAAUUUGACUCUCAAAGUACGAACAGAUGAUAGAAUUUUUUUAAUAUGUCCUAAAGCAGACCUUAAUACUCUUCAAUUAGAUCAAACUCCUAACGCUGUUGAUCUUUUUGAAAAAAUUUAUCUACUUAAUGAAGAUCAGUUUCUAAAUUACGAAACAUGUAACACCUCUUUUUUACCUUCAUCAAAUUUUGCAUGGCUUUGUGAUAAUGUUUUUUCACACUUAAUUAUUUUUGAUGACAAUCCAUUGGACCAAAAAUCUAAACCAAAAUUUGUUCCUGGAACGACUUACUACCUUAUAAGUACAUCUGAGCAAACAAAAAGCAAGCUUAACCAAUCUAUUGGUGGAAGCUGCAGAGGCAAUCCUUUAAAACGAUUGUUUACUUUAAAGCUGAAGAUAUAUGUAUGUACAACAAAUGAGGUUGAAAACAAAACAUGUAACGUUUGUCAAACAGUCUCGUGCUAUGAAAAAGGUUGUGGAAAGUGGUUGUACCAAAGUGAUUCAUUAAUUUCUAAUCAUAUAUGGAAUGGAUCACACUGUUUAAGAAAAUUACCACGACAAUGCAUUUCUUCUUAUUUCCAAUGUGACGGAUUACCUUACAGUUAUGAAGUUGAAAAAAACAAAGAGGCUUGCAAAUUAGGGAGCGAAGGUACAGGUGAGUGGACAAAUUUCGGACCAUGUACAAAAUCUUGUGGAGGCGGCAUCUCUGUCAGAACAAGAAGCUGCCCAAAACUAUUAACAUCGAAUGGUGGUAAUGAUUGCAGUGAAUCAACUCAAGAAACAAAAAGCUGUGCUUCUGAUCCCUGUCCAAUUAAAUGUUCUAUUGGUUGGUUAGAGUACGGAGGUUAUUGCUAUCUUUUUAACACUGCAACUGCAACAUUGCAUGGAAAAAAUUGGAAAGAUUCACUUUUAUCAUGUCUAAGUUAUGGUGGAAACCUGUUAAGUGUAACUGAUCAAGCAGAAAAUUUAUUCAUUGUAAAUCAACUUAAGAAUGACAACAUGGGAAACAAUCACUAUUGGAUAGGUCUCAGUGAACUUAAGAAUGAAAGAAUAUUUAUAUGGUCUGAUAGCACAGCCUUAGUGUUUUCGAAUUGGAAAGCUAAUGAACCAAACAAUCAUAAAAACAAUAAUGAAGAGUGUGUGCAAGCAACUGUUGACGGCUGGAAUGACAAUGUCUGCAGUGGCCUAUUUGGAUUUAUUUGUAAAGUGAAACAAGGUAAUGUUGGUAUAUGUGCAAAUGAUUGGUUAGAGUAUGGAAAUCAUUGUUAUCUUUUCAACACUAUAAAUGGUACAUUACAAGGAAAAAAUUGGAAAGAUUCUAGUACAACCUGUCAGAGUUAUGGUGGAAGUUUAUUAAGUGUAACAGAUCGCGCAGAAAAUUUGUUCAUUCUAAACCAACUUAAAAAUGAUAACAUGAAAAAUAAACGUUAUUGGAUAGGUCUUCAUGAACUUAAGAAUGAAAGAAAGUUUACUUGGUCUGAUAGUACAGCUUUACUUUUUUCUAAUUGGAAAGCAAAUGAACCAAGCAACCAAAUGAAUGAAGAUUGCGUGGAAUUAACUAUUGAUGGUUGGAAUGACAUCAGUUGCAAUAGCCUUUUAGGGUUUAUUUGUAAAGUUAAACAAGGUAAUGGUGGUAAAUGUUUAUAUUCUUGGUUAAAGUAUGGAAGUCAUUGUUAUCUUUUUAACACUGUAACUGGAAGAUUUCAAGGAAAAAAUUGGAAAGAUUCUCUUUCAACAUGUCAGAGUUUUGGUGGAACUUUAUUAGGUGUAACAGAUCAAGAAGAAAAUUUAUUUAUUCUAAACCAACUUAAAAAUGAUAACAUGAAAAACAAUCAUUACUGGAUAGGUCUGAAUGCUCUGCAAAAUCAGAGGAAGUUUAUGUGGUCUGAUAGCACAUCUUUACUUUUCUCUAAUUGGAAAGCUAACGAACCAAACAACCAAAGAAAUAACAACGAUGAGUGCGUGGAAACAAAUGCUGACGGCUGGAAUGAUAGCAAUUGCAAUAGUCUUUUUGGAUUUAUUUGCAAAUUUAGCAAAGCCUAAUUUUCGUUUUAUUAUAAUUUAAUAAAGAAAAAAUAUAUUCUAAUUUUA